AUGGCAAGCAACUACCAAUCAGCGGGAGAGCAAGUGCUGACCGCUCCCGACCUGGUGGGCCGCGUGCUGCGCUACCUCGCAAGAUGGGCGUACGAGGAAGUCACGGGCACAGAUAUCAAAGGGACCUGGCUGGACAUGGACGCGCUCACGGUUCCGGACCGUCACAGGACCGCUCAGGAGCUCACCAAGCACGCUUCCAAGGUCGCUCUAACAUGCAAGCGUAGCCUCCUCGCGGUCCUUGCGUCGUCGGACGAGCACUGCGCGCUCGCGAUCCAGGGCAAGCUCCUGCGCGCCCUGUGGCUCGUCCAGCUGCCCCCCGCGUGGCGCGCCGGCCAGCGCAGCCGGUUCGUCCUGCCCGCGACAUACUCGGAGAUGAGCAGGCUCGCUCGGGAGCAGCCGCUGCCGUGCCCGCCGGACUGGCUGCCUCGGGGCGCGCAGAGCGGCGCCACGGUAGACCUGGACAUCGCCGGGCAGAACGGCGCGGCGCAGCUCGCGCACGCGUCGCGGCUAGGCAUCAGGCCGGAGUCUGUGGGAACGUUGCACGUCGCGGGGAAGACGCUGGCCAAGCGGAUCGCGUCGAGCGCAGCAGGAACGUCGCGGCCGCUUCCGGACGACGUGUCGCCGGUCGCGUUGGCCGACAUGAGUCAGGUCACGGCGUUGUCUGUCGACGGACCCAUCCCGUCGACCCCCCCGGACGGGUUCUGGCGGUCGCUGGCGUGGAUCGGGUCGCUCUCGAAGCUGCGGAGCUUGAGCCUUGCCUUCGACGCGAGGGCGGGGCCGCGGCUCGAGGAGCUCACGCGCGAACUGGGAGCCAUCGAGCCCCUGACUCAGCUGACGCGUCUGUCGCUCGGGAUGCCGUCGUUCUCGGGCAGCCAGUCCCAGGGGGUUCAUCCGCUGCUCAAGGCCGCGGCGUCCAGCCUCCGCAGCCUCCGCAUCGACGCGUGGCAGCUCGACGCGCACGGCCUCGCGGCCUCUCAGGCCUGCCACCACCUCACGCACCUCGAACUCCUAUGCGACCGCGCGCGGCCGGGAGACGCCGUCGCCGCGCUCGCAUGCCUGCCCGCAGUCGCGCAGAACCUCACCUCGCUCGUCCUGUGUCACGGGCGCGAGGCGUGGGAAUACCGCCACCUGGCAGGCCUGACGUCGCUGACGUCGCUCCACGUCAUGGAGGAGCACGCCGCGUCGCUAGUGCCGUCCGACCAGGGCGAGGUCUCCGCGCCGCUCAAGCAGCUCGCGGCGCUCGACACGCUCGCGAACCUCCGGCGCCUGUCGAUCGGGUAUCCGCUGCCGGGGGAGAUGCUGUGGGGGCGAUACCCGGAGGAGUGUCUGUCGUUCUGCGCGCGUCUGCGGCUCGAGGAGCUCACGCUGACGCAGGGCAAGCUGCGGAGGGAGACGGCGCGGCACAUCUGGCGCAUCGCCACGCUCACGCGCCUCGAGCUGCGGGGCGUGGCGCUGCAGGGGCCCUGCCUGGCGUGGGCCGACGUCGCGCGGCUCCAGCGGCUCCAGCGGCUCGUGUUCCACCCGAUCGCGGCGUCGACGGCCGCCGCGGACCUGUGGCGCCCGGGGGAGGACAACGUCCUGUCCGAGGAGGAGGUGUACGAGGUCAUGCUGCGGAACAGGGUGCUGCGGCACGUUGACUUCGGCGACAUGCCGCUCCCGGAGCGCAGCGCGCGGCUCGUGCUGCAGCUGCCCCGGCUGCGGAGCCUCAGGUGCAAGGUGAAGCCCGCGCUGGUGUCUGACGCCGAGGUACUGCGCCUGCUCCUGGAGAGGGCCGAGCAGCCCGUGCCGAGCCGCCAGCGCAAGACGCUGGGCCUCGAACGCGCCGGGGCGCCACCUCGGUGUGAACCGUAG